UAUUCUCGCAAAUACAUUUUACAGGGCCCAGCAAAGACAGAUAGAUCAAGCACAACCGUACGUGCAUGUCUAAACAAACAUAUACACUUUCAAACACCACACAGGCAUAGGCGUGUGGCCACAUAGCUACUAAACCCACCCACUCACCAACUCCCUGCAACACAAGGCUACUUUGGCCUCCACCCUCUUUCCACUGCCCUUACCUCCCCUCCUCUCUUUCUCCGCGGCCCCUCUCUCGCUCACUCAUUCUCUUCGCCUCGCCCUAUUUCAUUCCGAACUGAACCACACACACCAAACAGAAUAAGCUGCUUUCUCCCUGCUGGCUUCUCCUCCAUAUCUCUGUUUCCCAACAUCUACCCGGAAGCUUCCUCUCUUUUUGAUAUUUUUGUCUAAUCUAUUCUAUCUUUUAACUCAUUUUUCAUUAUGACCCGCUCAUCAUUGCAUACUUCUUCCAAACCACCUUUUACAUCAAGCUUUCGAUGUCUGGUGUUAAUACCUAACAAUUAAUGAUUUGUGCCGACACACAAAAAAACACAAAUAUAUAUAUAUAUGUUUUCUGCACUGAUAAGCCUUAACAUGCCUUAUUAUUUUUGAUGGUGGGUUUGGUAUGUUUGGUUUAUGAACUGAGUCAUCAGUGCUGCUAAUUCCCAUUUCCCUUAUUUUCCUGUCCUCCCACAUCUUCCUGUUUCCCUCCCUCCAUCCCUCUUGCCUCACCAAUCCCUGUCCACCAUCCUUUCUAUCGCGCCACUGCCACCUCACCAUACAAACCCAUUCCCUGUCUCCUACACUCUCUCCCUGUCUUUAUCCAUUAUUCAUCUCAUUUUUUUUCUCAAUCGUAAACAUCUGCAAAGCUAUGUGGUCCACCUUCUUUCUGCACGAAGAGGAUGGCAGGCCGAUUCCACCAGGGGCGGGAGUAGGACCAGGAGCAGGUCCCCUGGGACUGACAGGUGUCAUGGGUGGCAGAGGGGCUGGGGCUGGUGCUAUGGGAGUUAAGCGCCGGGCAAAAGCGUCAACAUCAGGAGGCAUGAGCGAGGUCCAGGAGGGCAAGAUCAAGCUGGCGUUCUUCGUGGCCAUCGUGGGUGUGGUGUUGACUGUCUUGGGCUUGGGCACAGAGUAUUGGGUGGAGCUGUCCCCGCCAAAGACCUUCUACAACAACCAGACGUGUCUGGCAGCCCACUACGGGCUGUGGAAAGGAUGCACCCGGACUCUGUGGGUGGCUGACAUAAGCCCUGAGCGAGAGAGCUGUGGGCCGGCUGAACUGCCCGGAGAAUCUAACUGCACCUACUUCAAGUUCUACACUACUGGAGAGAAUGCCGUCAUCUUCCAGAAGACAACAGAAAAGAGUCUGAAUGUGGCGGCAGCCAUGAUGGCCCUCUUCAGUCUCUUCCUGAUGGUAAUGGGGGCCAUAUGCAUCACCACGGCCCUCAGCAAAGGAGAAUCGUUCUUCCUCAAGCCUGCAUCGGUUUGCUUCAUUCUGUCAGGCCUCCUGAUGCUCCUAUCUCUUAUUCUUUUCAACCAAUCGGUCCUCUCCUUCCUAGCCAGUGACCACUCGGUGCCGUUGCAUCACGAGUUGUCUUGGUCAGUAUCCUGUGUUGGGUGUGCAGGGGCCAUUCUUAUUUUGGGCGGAAUCCUCUUUCUCUUGCUUGCACUACCAUUCAGCCCCUGGCGAAAGUGUUUUCCCCCCAAAAAUGAAAGUGACAGCUAGUGGCGAGGAGGAGGUAUUGCACUUUAUCUGUAUCGUCUUAUAACUGUUGAGAAAUGGACAGUAUCCUGCAAUUUUACAUUGAAUCAUUUGAAGUUGUGUAGAGAGGGGUUCAAGUUGUUCAUCGUCUUGAAUGUUUUUUCUCUCCUUAUUUUGCAUAAAUCCGUAGGUCAUUGAAGGGACACUAUACUGCUCUUGACUUAUGAAAGGUGAAGAAUUAACUCAAUGCCUAAUUCUUGGGAGAAUCAAAGGUGUUAGUUGACAGCAAAUGUUUUCUCACAUUGCAUGUGUAAAAUGUUAUAUGCCGGUAUGUUCAAACGUCUCUCCAAGUGUGAAAUUCAAUUGAAUUCAAAAUAAUUUUAAAUGAAUUUAACAAAAACAACAGUUUGCAGUUGUGUAUUGAAUUGGUGAACAUUACUUCUUAAUUAUUUUUGCCCAAACUUUGAUGAUAUUGUGAUCGACAGUCUUAUUAGAGAGUAUAAUCCUAAGGAUAGUAAUUGGGAUUCAGAUGUAUUACAUAGAACAAAGGUACAGUACGAAACGUAUAGAGUUUCUAGUAAAUAAAUACAUGCACAACCCCAUGGUAUUGCAAUGUUUUUACAACUGCCUUUAAUAUACAGAUGUAUAUAUAUCAAAGAGACAAUAGCCUCUAAAAUCCAAAUGUUUUCAGACCUCAAAGGUAAUAUCAAGAUUAGUCUACGUCCCAGGCCAUCAUGUUUUGUAGAUUCAGUUAUAUGCCACAACAUAAAAGUAAUGAACCAUGUAAAUUCCAGAUCUGCGGUGCUUAUGUUAUUCAUGAAUUUGUGUAGCAUCCCUACCGAUGGCGUGGGAUGUGUGGACUCAUAUUAAAUAUUAGACUACUUUCGAGGUCUGAAAACAUCUGACAAAUUUUGAUUUUGCAGUCUAAUGUCCCUUAACAUUUUAGAUACACCAUCUGCUCUUGGUGUGUGGGUGACUAUAUUAUAGAAAUAGCAAUAAAUUAUUAAAGCGGCACUGCCUAAAAACAUCUCUGCCUGAAAGGACAGGCAAUUUCAUCGUAAACCUUAUUAAAGAGGUAAAGUGCUACAAUGUUGCAGCAUUUAGCUACUAACCAGGUAUAUAAGGUUGCAUUGUAAAUACACUAUUCAAAGUCAUAUGAGCCUUCAGUGUUGUAAAUUAAUAACGUAAAAACAUUUCAUGUGUUGAGUGUAACCCAAAUGUCACACGUUUAUACUGUAAGAUUUUUCUUUCAAGAGAGAUACUUGUCAGAGGUAUUCUGUGCAUAUCGGUAUUUCAAUGGGUAUUGGAAGGUGAAUUGUGUCUGUGGUUUUCAUUGGAAAUAAUUGUGUAUGUAAGACUUGAUUUAAUUAUUAAAUGUGAAGACAACAUA